AUGGCCACCAUCAAUCCAGCCGCAUGCACGCCCCAGGCGGUUAUGAGCCAUGUGCAAAAGCUCAGCGAUGCCGACCCAGACUUUCGCUUCAUGGCACUGAAUGAUAUCCUGCAUCUGCUCAACUUUGCUAGAUCCGAUUUCCUGCAGCAUGAUUAUAAUAUCGCCGCCCGCACUGUUGAUAAUAUCAUCAAGGCACUCGACGACCAAAAUGGCGAAGUGCAAAACUUGGCCAUCAAAUGUCUAGGACCUCUCGUCGGGAAAGUGCCUCCCACGAUUAUUGCGCCCAUGGUCGACAAGUUAUCCUCAUUGCAGCUCAAGAACUCCGUGGACAAUGCGGUUACAUCAAUGGCUCUACGCCAAGUUAUCGUCGCACUACCUCGACCUCUUCCCGGCACCCAAGUUUCCAACGAAGUCAACAACGCAUACGCAGCCGUUCACCGUGUGCUGAUCCCGCGUCUGAUCGGCUCUGGCGGCCAGACCGGCGCUUCCGCCACCGAUAAAAUAAGCCUCCCCGACGGCCCGAUAGGGCUGUUACAAGACAGCAAAGAAAUCAGCGUCGAAGCUGUCGAUGUAUUGAUCGAAGUUGUUCGUUGCUUUGGUCCUCUCCUUGAACAGGAUAAAGUGGAGGACAUGCUCAAAGUUGUAAUGCGUCUCCUCGAGGGCGAACAGGGAACCUCGGUCGUCAAGAAGCGGGCAGUUGUUGCAGCCUCGAUGCUCGCUGUUUAUUUGUCCGACAAACAGUUGGAUGAUGUCGUAAAAGUACUGACGGAGAGACUGGCACGGCCGGACGCCACGUCUGUCUCUCGCCGCCUAUAUAUCUCCAUUCUUGGAAGUAUGGCUCGUUCGAUUCCUGCUCGCUUUGGAACGCACCUACCACAGACUGCCAAUUUCAUCUUCAAUGAACUAGCAGAGGAAGAACUCGAGUCUCACAUGCAAAAGAUGAGCGACGGCGAUGACCUUGGCCUAGAAUUCAACGAGGUCAGAGAAGCAGCCUUGGUGGCUCUCGAGGCCUUCUUAGCUGCGUGCCCCCAAGAAAUGCGACCUUACACAGAUCUGGUCAUCUCUUCUUGCCUCCGCUAUUUGAAGUUUGACCCGAACUAUGCGGUAGAUGAGGACGAAGAAAUGGACGACGACGAUGACGAAGAGGAGGAGGAUGAUGAUGACGACGAAGAAUUCGACGCCGACGAUGGCUUCGAAGAUGACGACGAUGACGCAAGCUGGAAAGUGCGAAGAUGUGCUGCAAAAGCCAUUUAUACCUUGGUUGCCACCCGCGGUAGUGGCGAUCUGUUGGAAAACGGAGUUUUGUACAACGCGGCCGCGCCGACUCUGGUGAAGCGCAUGGAUGAGCGUGAAGAAAACGUUCGUCUCGAGGUUAUUUCAGCUCUCUCCCUUCUCGUUCGCAAGACAGGCGAGGGCCUUCAUACUGAAAGCAUUGCUUUUGACGAGCUUGAACCCGAUUUGGUGGUUCAAAUGCCCGUCAGUCGCAAACGCAGACGCCAAAGCAGUGGAGGUGGUUCAAACAUGUCGAGGUCAAUGGCCGGCACUGGUCUUGUCUCUCCCGUUCUUGAAAAGGUGCCUCUACAUGGGCCCCGCGCCGAACUCACAACCCUUAUUCCCAGUAUUGUCAAAAUGUCGACUAAGCAGCUCAAGGGCAAAACCAUUCCGACAAAGCAAGCCAUCAUCGGGUUGAUUGACGAUGUUGUGUCCGUCCUGCGAGGUGGCCUUGCGGACCACUUCGGAACCUUGAUAACCCUCGUUCUUGACGCUGUCAAGCCAGCCGGCUCUAGUGCAACUUCGUCGUCACUCACGACAGGUGGUGGUACCGCAUCUGCCACGCCCAGCUCGCUUCGAGUGACUGCCUUGAAGCUGAUUAGCGACAUUUCGAAAACCCACUCAUCGGCUGUUCUGCAGCCCUAUCUGUCCCAGAUAGUCAACGGCGUCACAUCUGCGGUGCACGAUAAAUUUUAUAAAAUCUCCAGCGAGGCCAUUCGGACCUCGGAAGAAUUGGUCAAAGCUAUUACGCCACCCCGAUCGCGAGGAUCCGCGCUCAAAUACAAAGGAGAGCUUGACAAGCUCUUCACUGUGAUCAUGGAGAGAGCCUCCGCGAAUGACGCAGACGCUGAGGUUCGGCAACGUUCUAUUCAUGGCCUUGGCGUCUUGAUUUCUCGUACAUCUGCCGAAAGCAAUGAGGCAUUGUUGUCGAAGGACAAGCGUGAGGCUGCACUGUCCGUUCUUCGAGAACGUCUCAAGAAUGAAACUACUCGACUUGCUGCCGUGCGUGCUGUUGAUAAUAUUACGGCAUUUGCCAAUAGCCCCGGCCAACUAGAAAAAGGUUGGAUUCAAGACGUGGCUCACGAGCUUGCGGCGCAGCUUCGCAAGGCAAAUCGGCCGCUCCGUGGUUCCAGCAUUGCGGCACUUAAGCACCUUGUUUUGAGCAAAGCUGCUGAGGGCCAACUGGAAGCUAGCACCAUUGAGGGAAUUGUGUCAGCGCUCAUGCCAGCCAUACGCAAUGCCGACGCGCAUCUUCUUGGCCCAUCGCUGCUUAUCUUGGCACAUCUCGUCAGGACCGACGCGCAGCUCGUUAUGACCCAGGAAACUGUGUCUGCUCUUUGCGAGCUUUUGAAGUCGCACUUGGCCGGAAUCGUACUCGAUCAACUCCUGACUCUCAUUAGUGCUGUUGGCGAAAGUAGUGCAGGAGGCUCUCUGAUGACAGGGCUUUUGCAGAACGUGAGCAUUGCGGGUGAUCCCGGAGUUGUUGGAAAAGUGAUAGGAACUCUUCUCGUUACCGGUGGGGAUUCAUCCGGAGUGUCUGUUGAAAGCUUCGUUUCGGAGCUGCAGACUAGCUCGCAAGAUGGUGAUGCGGCCCGCAUCUGUCUUGCACUUGCAGUUCUCGGCGAGGCCGGCAUGAGACUGGGUGCUAAUUCGCCGCUGCAGUCGGACCUGUUCCUUGGCCAGUUCGGUUCUGAACCGGACAAGGUUUCUUUGGCCGCCGCCAUCGCGCUAGGUCGUGCUGGCUCUGGAAACGUACAAACGUUCCUACCCACUAUUCUGAAAGGGAUGAAGAAAGGCGGAAACACGCAGUACUUGUUGAUUCAGUCGAUCAAGGAGAUUCUGCAGUCUGUUUCAGACCAGACUACUGACCUCCGAGACCAAGCUGUGGCCAUUUGGGACCAGCUACUUCAAGCAUCGGAUAAUGCAGACAACAGGGUGGUCUGCGCAGAGUGCGUAGGCCGUUUGGCUACGUUAGACCCGACCAGAUUCAUGCCCAAACUUCAAACACUGCUCAAGGAUCAAUCGAUAGGUGUUCGUGGAAUGGCUGUACAGGCGGUGCGCUACACGCUUCCCGAGUGUGACGAGGCGUUCGAUGCUGUGCUGCGAAACAUGUUGAUUGAUAUGCUGCUUAUCAUGCUGCAAGAUAAAGAUAUGGAAAUUCGUCGCCUGGCAAUGUCGACGCUCAACUCUGCAGCACACAACAAACCCGACUUCAUCUUGCCGCAUCUCGGUCAACUCAUGCCAUUUGUCUUACAUGAGUCAGUCGUGAAGCCAGAGUUGGUGCGCGAAGUCCAGCUGGGACCAUUCAAGCAUAUGGUGGAUGACGGUUUAGAGGUUCGAAAGAGUGCCUAUGAAACGCUGUAUGCUCUCAUGGAGACGGCCUUCAGUCGAAUCAACAACAUUGACUUUUACGAUCGUAUUGUUGCUGGCCUUAAGGACGACAACGACAUUCGACAGCUUUGCAACCUGAUGGUUACAAAACUUAUUGUCAUUGACCCCGAUGAGACUGCGCGACGACUGGACGCGAUUGCCGAAGCUUACAGAAACGUGUUAUCGACAAAACUCAAAGAAAACUCUGUCAAGCAAGAUGUUGAAAAGCAGGAAGAAGCAAACAAAAGUAUUCUCCGCGUCACACUUCUCCUGGGUGAGAAGAUGAAGGCGCUUACAGGCAAUGCUGGUGCUGCCACGAGCAAUGCCGGCGUGGCAGCUGGCUGGACAAAUUAUUGGGAGUGGGUCAACAAGGACUUUAAGCUUCAACUGAAGGGCUUGCGUGAGGAGAGUAAUGAGCUCCACGCGACACUGGCUCCGAGGUCUUGA